AUGACGUCCGAGAUAAUAAAAUGUGCACUAGUAGAUGGUUUAUUCCACGGUUUCGUUCCAGGAAGUGAAACCAAGGCCAUGAAUCAUGGCCCGUGGUCAUCUAUCCAACACUCACUUAUCCAAACAACAACGAAUAAAGCGUAUGGACCAAAGACUGUACAGACCCGUAAUUAUGUAAAGUCUACUUUUGGUCUAUCAGUAAUGCCAUUUGAGGGCGAUGACUACGCAGCACUUAUCCGAAGUGCCCCACCACUGAUCCAAACUGGUGAGGAAAGUAAUCUUGUUGAUGAUCAGGUUGUGGAACUUUUACAUGCUCCUCUUGCCUCAAGUCAACCGACACAAAAAGCAAUGCAACAAGAUGCUGAGAUCCAGGUGAAUAUUUCUAUCAAAGUCUGGCUUGAAGGCUGCAUUCCGGGGGUCAAUGAUGACGAAUUGAACGAAUGUAUCAUUGUCUUGAUGAAUGAGCAGUUCCGACGUCCAUCCUGUCAAAGGGAACAUGAUAUCAGCGGUUUCAAGCAACAUUUUAACCGCUCUUGUCAAACCGCUCCCAAUUUUGUUAACUUGGCUCAGACGAUCAAGUACAAAGAAGCCGACAUUUUAAGGGUGGAUAAGACAUGCCAAACGGGACAAGUCCAAGUUAUCUCGACUCAUCAUAAGGAAGAAAGAGAGGAUUGGUCCCAGGAGUGUGUAGAAGUUGAGAAGGAAAUCAUUCAAAUUGAAGAUGACCUGCAGCAGCCUUCUGAGUCAAGGCUUUCAUAUUUGUUAGAAAAAUCUUUGGGGAUUUCGGUGGUUCACGUCUUCCGUCUCCGUGUGCGUAUACUGGAAUACGAGUUAUGCGACGACUUCAAACGCCUUCUUACACCCAGCUGGCAGAAAAUGAUUGAAGUGGCUAACCAAAAAACCGGAGUCUUUACACCCAUGGCCAUCGCUUUGCACAGAAAGUGGGUACGUAUGAGCAACCAACAUCCGCACUACGUGGAUUCGAUUAGAGGCAAGAAUCUACCAUUUGAGGAAGCCUUCUCUCUCGGUUAUGUGCGCUUGGCCUCUUUGCCAAAGCUACUGGACCCCCGCGGUCCUCUAAUCUUUAUUGAGAGAGAAUCUUUUGGGUGGCAUUCAGUUCGUGGCUAUGGAUAUGUAAGAAGCGUUAAUGAAACAAGAAUGGAAUUCGAGGAGGCCUGGCGUGCCGGUUUCAUUCGCAGAACCGGCAAUGGUACCCGCGUCACCGUUUGGGAUGAUCAUCUUUCUAUGUGGAUUCCUGCUGAAGAGGCAGUGGCAAAGAAUGUGCUUCUAGUCUCAACGAAUAGGGACUUUAAAGUCUCUAAGGUAAGAAGAAAGCUGUUUAGGGUGUCAGCCAUUCGACCUGGAGGAUUGCAAGGCCAAUGGCUCAAUCCACUAGAAGCACUCACUUACGGUAUGUUCGAGUGGCAGAAGGGAAACGUGGCAGAUACAUGGCUCGCUCAACCACGAAUUACACAACCCACUCUUAGUGAGGCCAUUUUUGUGCCCCCAACACAGGAAUUCAUACCGCUUAGUUGGAAGUGUUUCUACGAGGCCUGGAAGGAGGGCUGGGUACGUCUAACUCAGGAACCCAAUGCAGACAUGGUCUCGGUGACAGACUUCGACAAUAGGCGAGUGGUUAAAACGUUUAUGAAUCUGGUGGUAAAUCCCCUUGAAUCCACCAAUAGAUCACUCUCGACGCACCUACCUUUCGGACAUCCCUGGUCAGGAGCAGAGGCAAAACCAGCACCGCCAGCAAUUGCCGUGAGAAAAACCACAAAAAUUAAAGUGAAUAGGAAGCAGAGUCGAAAGUUGCAGUAUUAUUCUCUCCAACAUGACGAUUUCGCGUAA